ACACAAAUGGAAAGCAGUUGCUAGUUAACAUUCAAGCAAGAAAGAUACCCCAACACGGAACAAGUUGGCUCGAAUCGAAAGUAACAUUUAAUUGCAGAUUAUUACCAACGCUAUUAUAAGUCCUCGAGAAAAAAUUCAGACGCACAAGUCAUCAGCGUGCAUGACAAAUAAACACACUUACACAAAGAAACGUGAUCGCGUUACAUCAAACCUCUUUUAUUCCUGUAAACGUUUUUUAUAUAUAAAUAUAUACAUCACCUAAAGUAAACAAAUGAUUUGCAACGAGACAAUAACUGUCGAAGAGUUAUCGUUUAUCAGACACAUGAUGGAGAGGCAUCGGUACUGCAUCAGUUGUUCAACAUGUUGGAAAAAUCAAUACGAAUACUUGCCACCUCCACCACGUCUUGAAAAAAUCGUAGAUUACUCCGAAUUCGCUGAAAUAAAACCAAAAACCAUGAUAUUCAGACCGACGAAACUUGAUAUUUACCCUCCAAAUGAAAGCUUGAAGAGAAAGUUUUACGAUGAAGAAUCUGAAAAAAGUCCCUAUGGGAAACUUUUUAAACGUACAUUUGAAGCUUCAGUAAAAGACGCAGACGCAAAAAUAAAACAAAAUGAUAUACCUCCAGUAUUAAAAUAUAUCAAACAAGAAAAUCAACCAUACGUUGUCGAUAACGAGAGACAUGAACACGAAGUUGAAAAAGCCCGCUAUGAAAGAAAUAUUAAACUUUAUCAAUUUUUAAUUGACUUAUUGGAAGAGAAAAAUCCUUGUGUGACUUGGGUCGCUCGUGAAGAUGGAAUGUUUAAAAUUAUAGAUUCUGAUCGAUUUGCUCGAAUGUGGGGUGAAGUGAAGCUAAAUCCCACAAUGAACUACGAAAAGCUUGCUCGAUCAUUCAGACAUUACUAUAAAAAAGGCAUUCUUGACAGUGACUCUACGAUUAGCAAAACUGGUAAAAGAAAACUUUAUUAUAAAUUUGGCGCGAACAUUAUAAAGACGUAUAUUAAAUGAACAUCGUAUGUAGCGUCUUAGUAUAAGUUGUGUUUAUCAGUGUUUUAUCAGUUUAUUUGUGCUUCCUUGUUCCCUUCCUUUUUUAAAACAAAACAUGUUCGCGUGAUGACAGAAGAUACCAUUUUUAUUUUUACAAUUUUUUUUGAAACUUUGUUGAGAAAAUGCAAAUAAGAAUUGCGCAAAGGUAAUGUCUGUUUUUAAUGCAGCGUUUGGUGAAAUUGUAUUUUGUAUAUAUCGAUUCUGUUAAAAUUAAAAACGCAAACUUGUACCCAGGGCAAAUAAUAUAUCUCUGAGUGGGAGGUUGCUAUAGUUAUAAAUACAAAAUAUUAUAUUUCAGAGUUUUUAUUUAUAAUCAUUCAUAAAAUGAAUAAAAAAGUUUUGAAAA